AUGGAAACGGUCAUGGUCAAGGUACCCUAUGGGGCGCGCCCGGGUCAGAUCCUUCAGAUGACAAGUCCGAGUGGGCAGAAAAUUCAAUGCCCAGUGCCUGCAGGCGUACCACCAGGGGGCACUUUCCAGGUGAAAUAUAAGCUUGGGCCGAAGGGUCCCACGAUUAUCGAUGAACGAUCCAGAGGCAAAGCUGUGGCUGCUACAAUCUUGCCAGCAUAUUGGGCGAAUGUCAAAGUUCCUGACAAUAACGCCUUCGACCAGAUGAUCUAUGUCGACCGGCAGAAGCACGAGAAGUUCAACGAACUUCUAGAGAACACUUAUCGUGCCAAGGCGACGCAAGACAGGAAGUGCCCGAGAGGCGCUUGCCCCAAAACCCCAGGAGGAUGCCCUUGUGUACAGCCUGGGGCAAGCCCUGGCUUGCCAACCGGCUUCAAGGUCCGGCGGGUUGUGCGCGUAGAAGACUCGGAAAUGUGGGGCCGCUAUGUGGACCAACGCAAUGCCAUUGCCCAGCGGCGAGCAGCAGAGAUGCCAAUACAGCAGCUGGAUCCGCCGGCUGUGUCCAACGAAGUGGUUUCUCAAGAAGUAGCUGACGAUGACGCGGGCGGUAACAGUAGGAUUUUCGAGCCGCUGGACCUGGAGUUGAAUGAAAUGUACCUCUGGCAUGGCACGAACGUGCGCUCGGCUCUUUCGAUUGCGCAGAGUGAUUUUCGCAUUGACCUGGCCGGCAGCUCCACAGGAACCAUGUACGGCCUUGGCGCUUACUUCGCGGAGCACUGCACAAAAGCAGACGAGUACGCAAGUGAUGAGCCAGGUGGCUACUACGAAGGGGUUUUUGCACUUCUACUUUGCCGUGUUUGCUUGGGAAAGUUUUACUACACGCAGGUCCGGGACACAGAAGCUGGAUCACAUGUGCGGAGCGGUGGCUACGACAGUACUGUCGGGGAUCGACUGACGAAGGCAGACACUUUCCGGGAGUUUGUGCUGUACAACGCCGACGCGAUCUAUCCCGAGUAUGUUGUCCUCUACACACGGGUUCAUCAUGCUGAUCCUCCCGACAAAGUGGCAAGGCUGACCGCAGACCUGUAUCAUUUGCAGCUGCCCGUUUACUGGGCGAAUUGUGAUAAAGAUCCGUUGCGGCAGCCGUUUCACGAGCAAUUCUUGGUUGCACAGUACACAGUUGCGUUGCUUCAAGAGUUGGCGAAGGCCUGCUUCAAGGGCACGGGCUCUGUUGAAGUGGUUCGUGCGAAGCGCAUCGAGAACUCGCAGGUGUGGCAGAAGUAUGUGGAGCAUAAGCGGAAGAUGCUGCAGAAAAUUCAGGCAGCGAAGACAAACAAACCCGACUUCAAGUUCCUCACAGCCCGCGACCUCGAUGAUGCACACGGUGAGAUCCUGACGUUCAGCUUCCUCAGCGCGAGGGACUCCACCGAAGAGUGCGUGUCCAUCACUAACUUGGAAGAGCCCUUGAACGAGAACCUUCUGUGGCAUGGCACAUCGAAAGAAGCGGCUGAGAAGAUUGCCGAGAGCGACUUCAAGAUACCUGUUGGGAAGGACAUGAAGCACGCUGCUCGUUUUGGAAACGGAGCCUAUUUGGCAGAGGGCUUGGAAAAGUCGCUCUCCUACACGGAGCCCACGAACGACGGCACCCGUAUUGUUCUUCUAUGCAGGACUCUGUGUGGCGAUUUCUACUACACUGAGCGGCAUACGGAAAUCAAUGCAUCCCAGCUUCGUGAUGCUCAAGGCAAGCAUUCAGUCCUCGCAAAUCCGGAGCGGAAAGGUCCGCGAGAGUUCAUUGUGCCGACCGCAGACCAGGUGUACCCUGAGUUUAUUCUGGAGCUCAGUGUGAAGGAUUGGGAGCCGCCUCCUCCUGUACUACUGCAGAAGACCAAGCUACAGGUCCAGGUUCCCCGAGGUGUGGGGCCUGGCAGCUUGAUCGCAGUCCAGGCGCCAACCUCGGAUGGCUGCAGACUCGACAGCGGGCUCACUUUGCGUCUUUCCUGA